AUGAAGUUGCAUUGCGACGUUGAAGUUGUAAAUCGGAUGCUGCCCACAUUCGGUGUCAAAAACAAAGGCAGAGGAUCCAGGGCCGUGCUGUCUAUCGGGAACCAUGUGGAUAAAAAGACACAGCGGGCUAGUGUCUAUUUACUGAUAUGCACAGCAAAAGACAGAGCUGGAACCAAGUAUAAGCUGAAGGAGAAUAUAGAGAAGUUUUUCACAUGCUUUGUACAAGAGGGGAAGGCCACUGUACGACUUAAAGAACCCAUGGUGGACAUCAGCAUGAGCAAGGCGGAUACCACCAGCUUGAAAACCUUCCUCUCAGCUGCUCAACUUGCACACAGAGGAACCGUUAGAGACAAUCUUGCCCUCUCCACACUUACCCCUGUCCGUGCCAGAGAUGUGGAGAAACCCAAAAAGAAGCUCACCAUCAUGUCUAAGAAGGACUAUCCCCUCACGUCUAGCUUCCCCUACUCUCUGGAGCAGCUGCAGGUGUCUUACUGCAAGCUAUCCAGGGUGGACAUGCGCAUGCUGUCUCUAAAAUUAUUGCGAACACUUGACCUCAGCAAUAACCACAUCAAGAAGCUCCCAGACACCAUCGGUGACCUCCACUUCCUUACAGACCUGAUUCUCCACAACAACCACUUGGAGAGGUUCAGUGAAGCACUGUGCUUCUCUAGUCUCCAGAAAUCUCUGCAGCAUCUGGACCUUAGCCAAAACUGCAUAAAGCUGCUGCCUGCUUGCUUUUGCAAGUUGCAUGAGCUUGUUCGCCUCAAACUGGAUGACAAUGAGCUGGUACAGCUUCCCUUUCACAUCGGCCAACUCGCCAAGAUGCGUUUCUUGUCAGCUGCCCACAAUAAACUCACUGUGCUGCCCGGAGACUUCCACAAGCUAUCACUGGAGAACCUGGACCUGUUUGGGAACCCCUUUGCUCAGCCCAAUCCUCUUGAUCACAGCAUUCAGCUCACAUUACCACUCACUCUGGAGGAGCUGGCCUCCCGAGCUAUGCUCAACUAUAGAAUCCCUUAUGGGCCUCAUCUCAUUCCCUUCCAGCUUUGUGGUGACCUGGAACUGGCAAAAGUGUGCAACUGCGGCUGCACCUGUGUAAGCUCAUACAUACAGACGGCCGUGAGCAUGAACCUGCACCUAGUCUCUCACACUGUGGUGCUAGUGGAUGAUAUGGGAAGCACAGAGGCCCCCAUUCAGCGCCAUUUCUGCUCCCUCACAUGCUACUGCCAGUUCCUGGAUGGCUGUGUGCAGAGAGGCCUGAGCUGAGAAGAAUCUAACAUCUUUGAGAGAAGAAGUUCUUCCUUCCAUUCCUGUUGACAGCAGCUCUAACAGUAGUUUCCAUACUCACACAGUGAACUGUUAUAAUCAGCAGUCCUGGUUACUGUGGUGUAUCCAGUUUCUGCUUGUUUGCAGUUUGUGUGGUAUUCUGUGAUAUUGCUACAUCAGUAAUGGAUUAGCUACAGGUCAGGUGUAGGCCCUUCAAGAAACAUCACAUGGCAUGAAGUACAUUGUGGUCUCAUGGUCACAAUUUAUUUAUUAUUAUUUUUAUUUCAAUUUGACACUCUACAGAUGGAAAGUUAUAACAAGGUUUAUUCUUCAGCAUUAUUGUUUUUCUAUGUUGAAGGAGGUACAACCAAUAAAUAACAUAGUUUUAAAGGCAAAUUCAUGAUUGACGAAACAAGGUUGUUUUAUGAAUUGGUCCAUAAUUGUCCAUGAUUUUGUGUAUGGCGCUGCUCUUGUUCUUUGGAUUUUGGAGUAUUAUCAAAUAAAUUAAGAUUUUUGAACCUCUAA